AUGCCUUCCUCCAGAAGCGAGCUCCGAGGGCCAAGACCUCCUCCUCUGAGCGUGAACAAGGCAUCAUGGAAGGCAAAGAAACAGGCCGGCGGCGGCAGCCGAGACCGUAUCGCCGUCUUCUACGUGCACUCGCCGAAGGUGAUCCACACCAGUCCGCAAGAUUUCAUGAGCGUGGUGCAGCGCUUGACCGGAAAAUCGCCACCGUCAUCAUCGUCCUCACUCCGUGGCUCCGGCCACAGCGCCGACGAGAUCGGAGCAAGAGGAGGAGGUGCCGGUGAAGACCCCUUGCUGCUUACGCUGGGCUCAUCAUCAUCCAUGGCGUCGCCGGCCAUUUCUCCGAGUGUGUUUUUCUCUUCUCCCGACUACACAUCAGCCCUCUGUUCUAAUCGGAAGGGGUUUUAG